AUGGCUUUAGCCGCUCUUCCAUACCACGAACCCGGAAUCGUGACGAUACUGGUGCAAGCAUCUUUUCUGCUUGUCCUCAAUGGCAUCAAUUGGAUUCUCGAUAAUGCCAUAUAUUGUGGUCUUGUGGGUCAAAUCUUGAUUGGAGUGGCAUGGGGCACGCCAGGUGCGAAUUGGCUGUCGGAAGAAGUGCAAGAUACAGUAAUGCAGUUGGGUUAUCUCGGAUUGAUUCUGAUUGUAUAUGAAGUUCAGGCUUUUGCUGCUGGCGCUGCGUUGUGUAGUACUUCUCUGGGUACGACUUUUACCAUUCUCAGCACCAGCGGUCUUGAGAAGAGCAGAUUGGGUGUUAUUCUAUCCAGUGCUGCAAUGCUGGACGAUGUGGCAGGACUUGUCAUGGUCCAAGUCAUAUCCAACCUCGGACAGUCUGCCGACUCGUUCUCGGCUGUGACGGUCAUUAGACCUGUGUUUGUCUCAAUUGCAUUUGCUGUGGUUGUGCCUGCUGUCUGCUGGGCAGUUGUGAGACCCAUCACAAAGCAUGUGUUCUCAGCGACGGGAAACGCUGGAACCAGAGAGAAGGAGCAGUCGAUACUUCGAAGUUGGGCUUGCACUCCGGUCGCUGCUUUCAGUGCUCACACUCUGGUCCUCUUGGGUCUUGUCACUGGGUCGACGUAUGCUGGCACAUCCAAUCUGUUUGCAGCUUACAUAGCUGGAGCGGUCAUCAACUGGUGGGAUGCUCUUGUAAGUUCGACGCUGCAAGAAGAACGUUUGAGCUCCACAACAGCGAAUAAGGCACGCAAAUGUAAAAAGACCACUGCUUCUAAUGGAGGACAAGCCCCAUCUUCCGGCCCUUUGUCGUCUGAUGUAGCGACUCCUGAGACUCGCACGCCAGAUCAGCCUGUGUCCUCGAUACAUGCCAAGCUGAAGGGUGCAGCUAUCUAUGAGCACAUGUAUGCACCAGCCAUGAACUCGAUCUUGAAACCUUUCUUCUUCGUAAGUAUCAUGUUCGUCUGCGCCAUCGCUCAGAGCACUGACAAACACACUAGNGCAUCCAUUGGCUUCUCAAUCCCCAUCACUCAAAUGUUCCGGGGUGCGAUCGUUUGGCGCGGACUCGUCUACACAAUCCUCAUGAUUCUGGGCAAGUUGGCCUGCGGUCUUGUUCUCGUCCGUUUCACAAGCACAUCAGCCAAAGUUCAAUUGCCUGAAGGUCAGCAAACGACAGAGACAGCCGCCUCCAGUGAACCCACAUGCAGCCAAAGCAACACACGACCGCAAACCCCUUCGGCCAACUCCAAGCGCAAGAGACAAGCUCCCCGCAAGCUACCCAAACCACAAUCCCUAUAUCCCUCUCUAAUGCUAGGAAGUGCCAUGGUAGCCAGAGGCGAAAUUGGAUUCCUGAUCUCCUCACUAGCAGAAAGCAAUGGCGUAUUCGGGACUGUAGAAGGCGGCGGCAGUUCCGACAUCUUCCUUGUAGCCACCUGGGCAAUCCUACUCUGCACAAUAAUCGGGCCCGUGAGUAUUGGCUUGAUGGUAAACCGAGUCAGGAGACUUCAGAAGGCUAGAGCGGCAAACACAGCGAAACCAGAUCCGCUGGGCGGAUGGGGAGUUGAGUGUUAG